AUGAAGAAGGCCGGAGGAGCAGCCGCCGGAGGCAAGAACGGCGCGGGCGGCGCUGGGGGCGGCACCGCAGGCGCCGGAGGCGGCGGGGCCGGCAGCGGAGACAAGGACGACGCCGAGAAGCGGGACUCGCCCAAAGGGGACCGGCUGUCCACGUCCGGCGACACGGGCUCGUCGGGCAGCGGCGGCAAGCCGGGCUCGGCGACGGCGGGCAUGCGGGAGGCGUCGCUGAAGCUGCUGGCGCUGACGGCGCGCGCCGAGUGGCCGCCGGUGGACCAGGCCGUCAAGGCGCUCGAGAAGCUGGUGGCCGCCGCGGGCGACGACGCCUACCCGCUGCCGCUCGCCGGCCUCAUGGACCCGGUAAACACCACCAGCACCAGCACUGUGCACCUCGGCACCACGGCACGCUGA